UUACUUGUUUUCGUCUUUUCAUUAAUUUAAAGCCUCACGCCUUAACCACAGCAGCAGACCAAGACCGGAUCGAGGUUUUUGUAUAGAUUCUCUGCGGGUUUGGGACUGUUUGUAAUGCGAUUGUUGUUGAUGAUCUCGUGGAUGAGGAGGAAGAGGUGUGUGUUGUAAUCAGACAGAAUGACGCAUGCUUCUUUCACGCCGCGAAGCUCGGCCUAUCUCGACGCUCUCACUCAGGAAAUCGAGAAGAAGCUCCAGCGGGCCCUAGCUUCUCCGUCGCUGCGGCGCAACUUGUUGCAGGAGCUGUUUACUGACAUUGCGUUAGAGAUUGAUGAGCGGGCCAAAGAUAUAAUUCUCAGCCAGGAAGAUGAUGCAAUUGCUCCUGCAGAGGAUUGCAUUUAUAGUCAGCUAUGCUUUCAUGAUGUGCUUGCUGCCUAUUAUGUUUGGAAACCUGAGAGCGGAAAACACAUUCUUGAUCUGAUUGUCCAACUCUGGAGCCAGUCAUUUGCAUCUCAUAUUUUCGCCUUGUUAUUUCACAAAUGGCUUUUUGAAGUUCAACUUGACAACUCUGAAGUCCUUCUGCGAUUCUCAUCUGCUCUUGUUCAAGGGGCUACAAAUGUUUUCUGGAUUGACAUUCAGUCAAAUUUAAGGCGAUUUGAAUCCCUCUUUCUUUAUCUUCUUGAGGAUGUUGCCUUGGAACCCACCCGAUUAAAUAAAAUUCCUGUACAGGUCCAGCGAGAUCUGUAUCUGUUACUGUCGAGGUUUAUAUUCUUUUAUAACUCAGUUGACAAACUUGAGAGCUUCUUAAGGCAAUUUCCCGUUUUCCCGAAUGCUUUUCUGGUUGGUGGUCCUGCAGACUUCUUUGUUAUUGAACUUGCAGAUCAGCUUCAAAAACUGAAGGUGGAACCGGUAUUGCUCCAUUACUUCUCACACAUUAGAGUUCUCCAGGGUAUGGAGCUGAGAAUGGCCACAAGUACAAGGUUAAAGAGUUGUUUGUAUAGCUUCACUUCUCCUGGUGGUCCAAUGUACCCGACAAGAGUUGUUCGUCAUGCUGCCUGGGAUGCUUUAGAUUUGCUUUUCCCAGUUGGGCGAUAUCCUCGACAUCUUAUAAGCCUGUUCUUCCGAUUGUUGUAUCCAUGGUACUGGCCCGCUUCUUGCUGGAACUUUGUGAUGGAUUGCAUAAAGGCAGUAUUGUAUUCUUUAUUGAGCAUAAUCUAUUCAAGUAUAGAGAAGCUGAAGAGGCCAAAGUUUUAACUUGUAACAAUUCCGGAUAAUGUAGGCUUCUGUAUAGUUAAAACUCUAAACUGCUAGGAUAGUCAAUGUCGUUUUUGUAUUAUCUGUAUUGUACAUGAGCUGUUUUUGCCAUCAGCCUUUUGGUUCCGUCAUAUAUUGGAUUUUCCUGUUUGUU